CAACAACAACAAAUCAGUGCAAUCAGUAUCAUCGAGGAGAUAUCAAGACGUCGCAUAGUAUCCUAUCCGCGAUGGAGCCACGGCAGACGGAGGAGUUGCUCCAGCUCCACCUGCGAAAUAACGAUCUUCCGCAAGAUGAGCCUCCCUCGUGGAGAAUCGAGCGGUCCCCCCUGAGCGGCCGCGGCAUGUUCGCCACGCGGGACAUCCGAGUCGGCGAGCUCAUCUUCACGGACGCGCCGUUGCUGUUGGGACCACGAUGCUACAACAAGUGCCUGCCGAUGUGCGUGGUCUGCUACAAGAACGACUGCCCGCUCUUCCCAUGCGAUCACGGCUGCGGCCUGCCGAUCUGCUCGACCGAAUGCGAGAGCUCGGAGGUGCACGCACGGGCCGAGUGCCGGUUCCUUCAAGAGUGGCAGCCUACCUGCGGUUCCACUUGGUCCAAGGAUCUGCUGCUGACGGUGGUGCUGAUACGCAGCCUCGCCCUCUCGCAGGAGCAGCGCCGGGUCUUGGCCAUCUUCCAGUGUCACUCGAAUUUCGUUCCUAAUUAUGAGAUAGACUUGCUGAAGAGAAACGUCACCCACCUGCCCUCCGAGGAGCAACUGGCGUUCAUGAAGCGAACCAGCGAAGUCUUCAAUACAAACUCCUUCGAGGUCGUGGUCAUGCGGGACGAGGAUCGUACGGUGAGUCUACGCGGUCUUUAUCCGACAGGCGCGAUGCAAAAUCAUUGCUGCGUGCCGAACACCAGGCAUCACUUCGACAACCAGCGACGGCUGCACGUGAGCGCAGCGAUGCCCAUUGCGGCCGGCGAAGAGCUCACCAUGUCUUACACCAAUUUGCUGUGGGACACGCGCAACAGAAGACGGUUUCUGCAGGCCACCAAACAUUUCUCCUGCAACUGCAGUAGGUGCUCCGAUCCCUUGGAAUUCGGCUCCCGGCUCGGUGCGCUCCUCUGCGCCAAGGACAGUUGCUCGGGACACCUGUUUCCUCGCGAUCCCCUCAGCCACAAGUCCUCCUGGACUUGCAACAAAUGCCAGACUGGUGUGAACUACAGACAGAUUGAAAGCAUUCGUUCGGUACUGAACGCAUUUGUGCUCGAAGCUGCGUGCAACGCUCCGCGAGAAUUUCCGAGAUUCGUUGAAAUGACAUUGCCCAAAUUGAUACCAACUAGUAAUUACAUCAUGAUGGAUGCCAAGUAUCGUGUAAUCUCCUAUUUCGGUAGAAUUCCCGAUCUCACGUGGGACGAUCUCACCGACGAGGAACUUAGAAUUAAAAAAGCAUUCUGUUACGAUGUGCUUUCCAGCCUGGACGUUUUGAAUUCUGGAGAUUCUAUAAAAAAGGGACUCAUUUUAUACGAGCUGUAUCGUACGAAUCUUGAAUUAUCUAAACGCCAGACUUCCAGAGAUGACAACCAACAGACGCAUCAGCAUGUGAAAGUACGACAGAGUGACGACAACGAGCGUCUGUUACGAAAAGCCAUGAGUAUAUUGCAAAACGAUGUUGGUGCGACUCUCGUUCGCAGAAGUGACUGAUGCAAAUUGACACCGCUUAAAACAGCCGUAUUUAUUGCAUUACAUUCGAUGCUGAAUAUAUAUAUAAAUAUAUAUAUGUAUAUGUAUACAUACAUAUACACAGAAAACAUAAUGCGUAUAUGUACAUA